GCUUAUAUCCAUUUCUCCAGUUCUCUACUAAUACUCUACCACCGCCAAGCUUUAAAGUCCUCUGUAAGUCUCGGCGGUUCCCCGAAAUCUGGGGCCGCAAUCCUCCCCAGACUGCAUCAUGCAGAGUAUCCUCUAUAGACAACUCACUCCGACAUCAAACAUUCAAUCCCUUAUCAUCCUUCGACCUUCUGCCAUGCCUCCAUCUAUCUUUUCAACCAAACGCCAGAACCGUGUGGCUGAUGAUGCCAAACAAAAAGAUGUCUGGGUCGAGGAUCGCAGCACAGAAACCUCGGAUGUGAUGGCCACCUAUCGUUCCUACGAUGCAGACACUCUCAAGACGAUCGAAGCCAGGCUGCUGAAGAAGAUUGACGCACGAAUCCUCCCGAUGGUGGUGCUGAUCUAUCUGUUCAAUUAUCUCGACCGCAAUUCCAUCACGCAAGCCCGUCUGUACAGCCUGCAGGAAGACACCAACAUCCACGGCGCCCAGUAUCAGACCAUCAUCUCCAUCUUUUCAGCCGGAUACAUUCUCAUGCAAAUCCCCUCGACCAUGCUGAUGACCAAGCUGCGUCCGUCCCUUUAUCUGCCAACAUGCAUCAUCCUGUGGGCCAUCACCAGUGGCUGCACCGCAGCAACCCACAACUUUGGCAGCAUGUUGGCCGUUCGUUUCUUCCUCGGCUUCGUCGAAGCUCCCUUCUUCCCCGGUGCGAUGUAUUUUCUCAGCUGCUGGUACACCAAACGCGAACUUGGUCUCCGAAUGGCCUUGAUGGUCUGCGGUCUGUUACUGUCCAACGCCUUUGCCGGACUGAUCUCGGCGGGUAUCUUGACCGGGAUGAACGGAGUUGGUAGCAUUGCUUCUUGGAGAUGGCUGUUUAUCAUCGAAGGGCUGGCAACAAUCGUCGUGGGAGUGACUGCCAUGAUUGUACUCCCCGACUUCCCCGGAACAACCAUGUGGCUCACAGAGGAGGAGAGGAUGGUGGCCCAAGGGAGAUUGAGUGACGAUGCUGGAGCGACCGAGCUGCUGGACGAGGAAAAGGUGCCUCUGAUGCGUGCCAUCGUAUGGGCUGCAAAAGACAAGCGGACGUGGUUGUUCGCAUGCCUGCAGAUGGCCACCACCGCGUCCAUCUCGUUUUCGCACUUCUUCCCAACGCUGAUCAAAGAGAUUGGCUUUUCCAACAACACCAUUGUGCUGCUGCUCACCUCGCCCCCGUACAUUGUGGCCUUCGCCUGGGCUCUGAGCUGGGCGUGGGUGGCCGACAGACGGCAGACCCGAUCGAUUCCCGCUGGCUUGUCCCAGGCUGUGGCUAUACUUGGAUGUAUCCUGCUGAUCUUCUUGUCUUCGUCCCUCCAGUGGCCUCGAUAUGCCAUGACCUUUCUGGUCUGCAGUGGCACAUUCGGAGUGUAUUCCACCACGUAUGCCUGGCUGUCGUCCACCAUCACACAGCCUCCUGUCAAACGAGCUGCUGCGAUUGGAAUCGCCAACACAUCUGCCAAUGCCGCAUCAUUGUUUGCAAACUACUUCUGGCUGGAUCAAUAUGAACCCAAUUACCAGGUUUCGUGGGGCUGCAUCCUGGCUUUUCAGGGAGUAGGAGCGGUUUGCAUCCUGACACUUCGCUUCUUACUCUUGCGCACAAACAAGAAGUUUGACAGGUUGGCUGCUGAGAUGGAUCGAAAUGAUACGAUUGGCAUUCAGAGAUUGGAUGAUGAAGCAAAGCGUGCUGUUCUGAAUGAUUUCCGCUAUGUGAUUUAG